GGCCGGUGUCCGGUGUUUGAGACCCCGCUCCACGGAGACCCAGACGGGCUGUGAGCGGGAUUAUCGCUCAGCUGGUGGUGGGGGGGGGGUGGAGCUGCUGAACCUUUGUUCUGCCGCUCUGUCAUCACAACCAACAGUCACGCGCUGGUUCCUGCAGCCUCGCGCACACAGCCCUUCUCCUUCUCCUUCUUCUUCCUCUUGUUGUUCUCCAGAGGGAGCGCAUGCACAGAGACAAUCAGAGAGGCCCGCCGCUUCACCGCAACAGGUCCAGGACCCGCUGGAAUACAAAUACUAAUAAUACUACUAAUACUAAUACUAGUAGUACUAGUAGUAAUGGAGAUGAUGACGUGAGAGAAGGGGACGGGGACACGCGGAGCGGAGAGAAGACUGUUUGAUGUUUCGGCUGCUACCGGACGAGAGAGACACCGUCAACAUGAUGCCGAUGUUCCUGACCGUGUACCUGAGCAACAACGAGCAGCACUUCAGCGAGGUUCCCAUCACGCCGGAGACGCUGUGCAGAGACGUGGUGGAGCUCUGCAAGGAGCCCGGCGAGGCCGACUGCUACCUGGCCCAGGUGUGGAGAGGCUCAGAGCACGUGGUUGGAGAAGGCGAACGGAUGUUGGAGGUGUUGCAGCGAGGGGGGCAGCAGAGGGGCGAGGUCCGUUACCUCCUGCGUCACCAGAGAGCUCCGGGACCAGAGACGGGUGGAUCCAGAGCUGCAGAUCAGAUGGUGAAGAGGAACCAGCUGAAAGCGUCCUUGGAGAACGGGGUCUCCGUGACGCUGAGCGACCUGCAGGAUCUGGCAACCAGACAGCAGCAGCAGAUCAACACCCAGCAGCAGCUGCUGGCCACCAAGGAGCAGCGGCUGCGUCAGCUGAAGGACCAUCAGGAGGCGUCUGAGACGGAGCGACUGCAGCAGCUCCGAGAGAACGCACACAACCAGGAAGCCAAGCUGAGACGGGUCCGGGCCCUCAGGGGCCAGGUGGAGCAGAAACGCCUCAGCAACAGCAAACUGGUGGAGGAGAUCGACCAGAUGAGCGGUCUGUUCCAGCUGAAGCAGAGGGAGCUGCUGCUGGCCGUGUCCAGGGUGGAGGAGCUGAGCGAGCAGCUGGAGUCGCUGCGGAGCAACAGACUGGAGCCUCCUCUUCCUCCUCCUCCUCCUCAUCUUCAUCAUCACAACACCUCCUCCACGGCUGAGCUGGAGCGCCUCUACAAAGAGCUGCAGCUGAGGAACAAGCUGAACCAGGACCAGAGCGGGCGGCUGCAGCAGCAGAGAGACAGCCUGAACAAGAGGAACCUGGAGGCCGCGGCCAUGGACCGGCGGCUGGCCGAGCUCCGCCAGCGCCUCUGGAAGAAGAAGGCCGCCCUGCAGCAGAAGGAGAACCUGCCGCAGGUGUGUUCUGACGGAGCGGCCCCUCAGCAUGGCGUGGGCUCCAGAGUGGCGGCGGUCGGGCCGUACAUCCAGUCGUCUUCCACCGGCUCCCAGGGGCCCCCGGUGCCGGCCCGCCAGGACCUUCUGGUAAAGCCGGCGUACCCGGACGGCACCGCCACCCUGCCCAUGCCUGACUCGGCCCUGAAGCCGCCGCCGAUACCCGCCAAACCAGCCGCAGGUUUCUCCUCUAAAAUGAACAAACUCUCCGACUGGAGCGGCUCGUUUUCGGAGUCCGCUGGCGCCGGUUUCAGCCACGCCUCCACGCUGCCGCGCAUGUCCAGCCUCGGCCGCCACACCUCAGGAGGUAAGGCCCUCACAGAUCAGAGGAGCCUCUCUGGGUCUGAGGUCCCGCCCCCUGUCCCCUCACGGACCAAUCACAUCGCUGAGAACCUGCUCCGGGACAAUCAGUUUCCGUCCGAGACUUUGGGUCCGCCUCCAGUUCCCAGUAAGCCCAAACCGUUCUCCCCGUCGGGCUUCUCCACGCCGCCCUACAGCACUGGGACCUUCCCCGGGAAGGCGCGGCCCUUGGGGGGCCACCUCCGGGCGCCGGGUGUCCUCUCCAGCCACAGCCGCACGCUGCCUCUGCCCGCCAAGCAGGAGAACCCGCCGGCCGCCGCUGUGCGCCCCUACACCCCCGACCCCUCGGAGGCUCCGCCCCCCGUGCUGCAGAAGCCGCAGACGGUGGCGGCUUCGUCCAUCUACUCCAUGUACACCCAGCAGGGGAAGGGCUACCAGCCGGGCGGCCAGGGCACCCUGCCCCGCAGCCAGCCCCGAGUGUACGGUAAACCGGUCCUCCCAGCCAGCGGGGGGCAGCUGUCUGCCACCUCAGACGUCAUCCACUCUGGCUCCGCGCCCGACGCCAGCGAGGUCGACAGCAGUUUCCCGGCCAACGGCGAGGGCAGCUGCAGCGGUGUCGUCGUCGCGGAGACGGCAGAGCGUGCCACGCCGCGGCCGCUCAGCCCCACCAAGCUCCUCCCCUUCCUGUCCCACCCUCACAGGAACCCCACGCUGCACCACGCGCCGCGGCCGCUGAAGAAACGCAGCUCCAUCACGGAGCCCGAGGGCCCGGCCGGCCCCAACAUCCAGAAGCUGCUCUAUCAGAAAACCACGCUGGCCGCCAUGGAGACCAUCCCCAUGGAGACGCUGGGCCCGGCGGGGGUGUACGUCCCGCCCCCCGAGGAGGGGACGGGUGCCGCAGGUGCGGACCCGAUGCCCGGGGUGGACGACAUGCAGCCGAGAGCCGGGAGCCCGGAGGCCCCGCCCCCUCUGCCCCCGCGCUCGCCGCUCUUUAACCCCGCCUCCUGUCGCUACGGCGACGAGGAGGAGGAGGAGGGGGAGGGGGCGUGUCCCCCGACCUCGGCGCAUCGGGACUUCUUUGCCGACGAGUUCCCCCCCUACCCGCCCCCCCCGUACCCAUCCUGCGGCGACGGGGACCAGGCAGACGACCCCCCCGAUCUGCAGCCGCCAGAGGUCACCGGACAGGUCGCCGCGCCGCCGGGUAAGAAGUCUAUCCUCCGUAGAGCUGGCUCUGAGCGGACUGACCCCAGCGUGCGGGUCAAGUUCAACCCUCUGGCCCUGCUGCUGGACUCGUCUCUGGAGGGCGAGUACGACCUGGUCCAGAGGGUCAUCUAUGACGUGGACGACCCCAGCAUGCCCAACGACGAGGGCAUCACGGCGCUGCACAACGCCGUCUGUGCCGGUCACACGGAGAUCGUCAAGUUCCUGGUUCAGUUCGGGGUCAACGCCAACGCCGCCGACAGCGACGGAUGGACUCCGCUCCACUGCGCGGCCUCCUGUAACAACGUCCAGGUGUGUAAGUUCCUGGUGGAGUCGGGUGCGGCGGUGUUCGCCACCACGCACAGCGACAUGCAGACGGCUGCCGACAAAUGUGAGGAGAUGGAGGACGGCUACGCCCAGUGCUCCCAGUUCCUCUACGGCGUUCAGGAGAAGAUGGGCGUGAUGAACCGCGGCGUGGUGUACGCCCUGUGGGACUACGAGCCGCAGAGCGAGGACGAGCUGGGCUUCAGGGAGGGCGACUGCAUGACGGUGCUGAGACGGGAGGACGCCGCCGAGACCGAGUGGUGGUGGGCCAGAUGUGGGGACCACGAGGGCUACAUCCCCCGAAACCUGCUGGGGCUGUAUCUGAGGAUCAAGCCGCGGCAGAGGAGCCUGGCUUAACCCGCAAAUCCUUCCAAAAGACCCCGAAACCUCGGGAGGAGGACUGGAAUCCUCCGGACGCAGAAUGUCACAGACAGAUGUUUUCUCAAACUACCUUUUUUUUCUGUUUUUUUUUUCAAUCUCAGCACAAAGAAUGUCCCAAUGAUCAGAAGUUAAUCUGCAUUAUGUGGUCUAAUAAAAUCGGUUUAUUCAAA